GUAACCAUCAAGAGUUUCGCGGGGUACGACUCGAACAUGACGUUGUGCUCUCACUUCAAAGGCCUUUACGAUGGCGGCAGCAAGCGUCUUCCAUUGCCAGAUCAAUAUCUCGAUCUCGCGAUGAUGGUGCCGAAAGAACGUCCGAUGAUGGUGCCGAAAGAACGUCCGGUUCUUCCGCGAGAUCAUGUUUUUAGGCUUCUGCCACCCCAUGAGGGGGCGUCCGGCUUGGCUCAAGAAACUCCAGGGACGGCAGCGGGGCGUGGGAGUGCGAUUCACGACGCUGGGGGUCGGGUCAAGGGGCUCGCGCGCAGUGUUCGCACGCGGGUCGGCCUGGAUGCUCCUGGGAACAAGUCGGACUUGCUUUCUCAGGGUACAGGCACUCAACGGGUCGGUACUCCGAAACUCCUCAAGGUCCACUGCGGCGGCGGCACGUAUUCGCUUCGAGAUGAGACGAGAAGAAAAUCUGACAGAUCGGGGCAAGAUGUCGGAGGGAAUGAGGCUGAAGGGAUGGGCGCUGUCCUCGAAAGCUCUGGCGGGGAGCCGACUCCUUCGGAGAAGAAGUGCGAGCAACAGCGGAUGGUGCGAGAGGAGGUGGCGGAGAGAACCCUCUGCAUGAAGAGGAUGAGAGGAAAAUCGGAGGCGGUGAUGGGCGGGGAUGGAGGCGACGUCGGAGAACGUGCCUCUGGAAAGAGGCCAUCGAAGGAAGAGGGUGAGACGCCAAAUAAGAAAGCGAGGAGGCCCGGCGGUUUGACCAUCCGUGAAGGACAAGCCAUGGGUGGAGGAGAUUCGGCUAAUCCAGGCGUUGCGGCCGUGAGAGAACCUUCGGGGAAAUCGAAACGGAAAGUGGCAGCUGAAGAAGGCAAUGGCGAGAAGAAACCUCGAAGGCGGAAGACUGUCGAGGCAGCGAGCGGUGGCAAAGGGCCUGUAAGUGAGGAGUGCGAUGAAGCGGCAGCGUUCUGGCUCGAAUACGAGCGGAACGAUGGCGGUGAAAUCGUGGAGGAGCUCCCCGUCCAACUGCUCAUCGACCCCAAGAAGGUCUGUGACAUCCCGCCUUGGGAAAGAUAUUACAACCACCGCAGUCUGAAUCGCGAAACUGUGGACGACAUCAAGGAUGCGAUGCUGAGUCAAUUUCGCGAGAAAAAGGGGAAGAUCUGGACGAAAAACCCUCCGGUUUUGGCACCCAUCUACAAGUCGGUGACGCGUAGGCCGGACAAAGCUGCCAGGGUUCACAAAGAUGUCUUCAAGCCAGAGGACAAGGACAAGUACUACUAUUACCCUGUUAAUGGACAACACACCGUGGCUGCUGUGAAGGAGUUGGAGAGUGAGCCAAUAUUCGAUUUGUGGAAGAUGCACUCGUGGCCGGCGAGAGUUGUGUGGUUCUCCGACCGAGAUUUCGCGGGGUAUAGGCAGGUCAGUCUCAACGAGAACACGAGACACAAGAUGUCUAAGCAGCGAUCGCAGAAGGCCGCAUUCUUGGACAUGCGGGAGGCAUGGGAGAAUGAAGGAAGGCCGGUGGCAAUUAAAGGGAAUCCUUCCGACAAGGAGGCCGAAAAACGAGCGUUCUUCAAAUUCCAAAAGCUGCUUUUGGGAAAGAGUCCGAACGAAGCUCACUGGUCGUUGGCAGAAAAAGAUUUGUCGCUCGCCGACAAGGAGUAUGUCGCUGCCGUUGGCAAUGCAUUGAGGCAGUGGAUGCCGCUCGUGACGGCCGGUGAUGACGUUUUCCGCAAAGCCAUGAAGUUCUACGUGAAAUGGGGGGAGGGGAAGGUGUUGGGCGGCGACGGCAAGACGCCAUUGUCGAGGCCAGGCAAAUACAUGCCAGACAAAUCUCCGGGUCUGCAAGCAAUUCCGGAAAUUGGCUUGAAAGGGUUGGCUGGUGAAACGAAGAUGGGGUGGCUGGUCCGGGUCCCGCCGCCUCCGACCAAAAAGAAAACGCAAGCGGACGACAAGUUUUUCGUGGUCGUGAAGUGUUCGUGCAAUCCGCGGGCGGGCAUCUGAAGCAUCAGCAUAAACCUGGAAUUAAAGACAUGGUCGCGACGAUGAAAGUGGACCGUGUGAUGCUCCGUAUGUUCCACUACAUCU